CGAAACGAGUUUUCUGUUAUUGUUUCAUUGUUGUCAUAGUCACUGACCGGAACCAUUAUGGCCGUGUACACACGUGUUUUUACCUGUACCCCUACUUGACCACCUUCACUAAGAAUACUGCAUACACAAGGAUGCCAAAAUCCAAGAAAUCGGCCUUGCCUCUACACAACAAGCAGAGGUUGGGGAAAGGAAAGGAUACGCCGGGGCCACCACUUCUGUUCGGGGGAGGGGGCAGGUUAACGCCUCACAAUUUCCCCCUCAGCCCAUGGACGGUGCUUGCGUCUUUUUGUCUCUGGGUGUGCAUUGGCCUAGCAGCCUAUAAAUGCCUCUUAUACUUUGGUACGUACCGCUCAAUUGAACCAGACUUGGAUGGCAAAAACUGUGAUGUUCACUUCAAGAAAUCAUUGGAAGAAAAUCUAAAAAUUGCUGAGAAUUACUCCAGUGGAGAUGCUGGUCCUUAUAUCAAGAGAAUAGGCUCUCAGAUGUAUGGGGAGACGUUUGCUGGGACACCUUCUCCGAGGGAACUACCACAGAUUCCUCCCAUCGUCACUGCAGUGUCGUCUGCUGAUUUUUUUCAAGUUCAAGGUCUCAUCCGGGACAUCGAAGAUGUCAAUAAGAGCGGGAAAGUUGUCAUCAAACUCAUCAUUUUCGAUUUAGGAAUGUACAACUCAGAGAAAGAAAUCAUGAAGAAACAUUGCAACUGCGAAGUGAGAUCGUUUGACGUCGGCCAUUACCCAGCACACAUGGCUGUUUUCUCAAACAAGGCCUAUCAGCCAAUCAUAAUCCAGACUAUUUUGGAAGAAUUAGGAUCCGUUAUCUGGAUUGAUCCAACUGUUAAGCUGAAGGAUGCACGUGAUCUGAGCAUGCUUAAAUUCCGAGGGUCUCACGAUUUCUUUCUGUGGGAAGAAGAAAUUUUCAAUUCAAUUGUUGCGUACACUCACCCGAAGACGUUCGAGUUUUUCGAAGAAAAACGAUGCACCUUUACGGACAUGGGUAUGAUGGACACUAGCAUUAUAGUUCUAUACAGGACAAAUUUGACGUGGCUUGGCAUCAUGAAGCCAUGGCUGAAAUGUGCCCUCUCUGUUAAUUGCAUAUCUCCGAAAGGUGCCAAGAACUCUGAAUGUUUUCAUUGGGAACGACCUAAGACAACUGGAUGUCAUUGGUUUGCCCAAUCAGCUUUUAGUAUAAUCGUCAAUAGAGUCUUCCAAUUUUCUUCUCGUAUGGACAAGUUAUCCAUUCCUCGUUUUAUAACAAAAGAAGACGUAGAAACAGUUUAUCAUUUUCCAGAGCAGCCGUGGACUUAUGGAGAGAUGUUGUUUGUGGUAAUUCUGCCCACCAUGGUAUGUGGUGCCCUAUUUUAUAUGUAUCAACGACGAACGAGAGCGAGAAAAGAGCAAUAUCUAAGGAGAUGAAGGACCUAAGCUACAGACUGGGAAAAAGACAGUGAAAGGUCGAAGGCCUACGUCCAACGAUAGGGAGCUCAGUGAGCAAGAGCAUAGGAAGAAAUGUAAACAACAGUAUACGAGCGCCCAAGCAUUGCAGCAUAGAAAAGUACACUUACAGGGCAUAGUUAACUCUCAGGACAGAUGUUUGUGUAUGUCCAUGCGUUAUAUAUAUAUCCGUAAAUUGCAAAACUAUGCAAUUUUAACUUAAUAUAAUUGACUGUAUUGUUCACAUUCAACGGUCCGAAUCAGAGGCACUUGGCGUGUUUUUAAAUGUAUAAAAGAAGAAAAAAGUUUAUUCUUUAUGCAUGUAGUAUGGUUAUUUUUUCUUCUUCUUUUAUUUCUUAAAUAGCGUUUAAAGCCUGUGAUCUAAGUCAUUAUUAACACAUGUAAUAUUUGUUGAUCUCAGUUUCCCAGAAAGUGUUGGUGCACAUUUCAGAUUUGAAAUGUUUCAACUAAUUCGUUGUUUUAUGCUCUUUCGCACAUAUUGGUGUGACUAUACUUGUAUUUUGAUAUAUUUAUUUAUAACAUUCUUGGAAUGUAAUGUCUGCUUUUUGAUCUAUUUAUUUUUUUUGUUUCUAUUUGUUUGUUGAUAUUUUACAGCUCUAUAUUUUAAGGGCAAAGAACUUUGUCAUGGAAAUAGAAUGUAGUCAUUUAUGAUAUGUAAAAUAAUGUUUGUACACGUUAAUGUAUAACCCAUUUAGACAUCAAUAGAAUUCUAAAAUCAAAGUUGCGAUUUAGUUAAGAAUAUUUACAUCUACCGAGUAUGAUUCCCUCUAUUUCUUACGGAAACUUAUAGUUAAUUCAUAACUCUAUAGAAACAGCCAGACUAGCUGCAAUCUACACGCCCCGUUUUUUUUAAUCUUACGUGCUAAUGUACAUAAUAGUAAGUGAAUUUCACUUACUUUUUAUAAUCAAUUUACCAAUUAGUUAAAAGAAAGAUGUAAUUAUUAACCAUAAAAUUCUUUCUAUGGUGAUUCAUGCGGUUUAUGAAGGUAGCGAUCAUUGCAGAAAAAAAUUACGUAACCCGCUAUAUCACGGAUUAUGUAAUUGUUUUCUGCAUUGUCACCACCUUCAUAAUCCGCAUGAAUCAUCAAAGAAAGUAUUUUAUUGUUUAAAUGAAUCCGUCGUGCAUAUUUUAUAACAAACACAGAGCGUGUUGAGUAUUACAUAUAUUGUUUGUUUCUGUCUUGUUCGGCGUGAACGGACAUUUAUGUAUUUUUUUUUUUUUUUGUAUUUUUUUUUUAUAAGUUUACAACUGUGUUCAUUGUGAUAUGAGUGUGAAAAAAUCUGAAAAUAAUUGUAGAGAGUUUGUGUGACCAAUACAUAAUACACUUGACAUGUACAUGCAAAAUUGAUUUUUUUAAAUUAGAUAAUUAAUCAAUGUAGUUUCAGUUGAUGCUAUACUGAGGAUCUCCCCCCCCCCCUCCCCCCCCCCCCCCCCAGACGAAAUAAUAAAGCUAAAAGACCCUAUUUUCAUAAUUGGAGUUUUCUUAUGAUGUCUUCUGUUUUAAGGUGGAAUAACACAUCGUCAUAACAUGGCUGACCCCUGAUCGAAACGACAUUUUGUUUUAUUGAAAGGAACAUAUAACUUACCUAUUAGCCGAGUGGAUAAAGUGUCUAGCUUGUGACCCGUACAUACCGUGUUCGACCCCCGCAGGGGCUUUUGUUGUUACUUAAUGAAUUGGUUUUUUUUUUAGAUAUUCAUUUUUUAGCCCCAAUUGGCAAAUUUUUCGCGUAUUUGACAUAUGUAUAGUUUAUUUAUCAUUAUAUCAUUCAUAAUCAAAUAAUUUACAGUUAAUUUGAGUGACUUUUUCUAGGUGUGUUAUUCCACCUUAACUUGGCUAUCAGAUACUGGGAAAAACGCUGUUAUUCGUGGAGUAAUAUGGUUUUCUUCGAAGAGAUGAGCAUUAAAUUCAUGAGAGUUUUCGUGAACUGUUCAGAUCUUGAUCUUAUAAUAUAAUGACUUAUCAUAAGUGAUAUCUACGUAGAAUGAAUCAAUAUAGAAUAUUGAAAUAUUGGAUAAAAUUAAAGAAUAGUGAUAAUUCUAUUUUAAGCAAUAUAUACCAAGAUACGGUAAAUGAAUGUGAAACACAGUUAGCCUCUAAUUGUUGGCUCUCGUACAUAAAACAAUUGAUUAACAAUUAGGUUUUGGAUAUAUAUGGAACUGUAAAGAACAAUUUAAUGAACAUGAAUUCUUAUUCGAAGUGAAGCCAGAGGUUGACCGAUAUGUUUAUACAAGAAGGUCAUGGCUACUUUGAAAAUUCCCCCAAAUGUAUAAUGUAUAAGCACUUAAGUAAUAAUUUUGAAGUACAAGAAUAUUAAAAAAAAACCAAUACCAGCUGUAUAUGUACAAUUUAUAAGUAAAUACCGUUUAUCCUCUCAUCAACUCGAGAUUGAGCGUGGCAGAUUUUAUAAAAUCCAUAGAAAUGAGAGAGUUUGUAAACUAUGUUCACUAUCACAGAUUGAAGAUGAGUUUCAUUUUAUUUUAAUACAUGUAUGUCCAUUUUAUAAGGAAAUAAGAAAGUUGUAUGUAAAAAAAUAUUAUGAAAAGCCUUCUGUCUUCAAACUUAUGCAAUUGCUUUCAACAAAGAAUAUCAAAGAGUUGUGCAAUUUGGGAAAAUACCUAUAUAAAUGCUCAAAAUUACGAUAAAAUUAUAAUUAUUGUUUUUGUUUUUUGAGAACAUACUCUUCAUUAUCCUGUUUACUUUUGUCAUGUACAUUUUGCACACUGCUAUGUGCACACGUAGUCUAAUACAAGAUUGUGAUUUUUUAAAAAAAAUGUCUACAUAUGUUUGUUCACUUUACUUAUGUAUAUAUAUUAAAGGGACUUGGACACGAUUUGAUCUCAAAAUUUAA